CUAGUUGUACAAAUAUAAAUAAUUAUUUAUUUUACGUAUAUGUUGACUAUUAAAUUUUGUUAUAAUAAUUAUCUACAGUUAUCAAGAUUAUAAGCGAGAAAUUAUAAUAUUAUUAUAAAAAAAUUCUAAAAAUCUUUUCUUUAUAAAAUGUUCAUACAAAAGUCAAGUAAUCAUAUUUUUUCGCUUGUGAAAUAUCAUUGGAAACGUUGUAAUCAAUGUGUCAAAUUAUACACUUCACAAGUUGACUACAAAUCAUUACAUAAUGAUGGACCGUGGCAUGCAUAUACAGAGAAAGUUGCAAAUGGAACAUUGAGUAAGGAUCCUUACCAGGAAAAAAUAAUGCUGCAGCUACAAGAAAUAUAUCAGCAAGUGACAGUGUUUGAAAGACCUACACUAGCACAAGGUCGUGGCAGUCAUUCAAUAUUUAGGUUUUUUAAAAAAAGUGAACCUGAAAGAAUAAUUGCUCCUAAGGGUCUUUACAUUUUUGGAAGUGUUGGUGGAGGAAAAACCAUGUUAAUGGAUUUAUUUUAUGAAUCUCUGCCAAUCAAAGAAAAAUUGCGAGUCCAUUUCAAUUCAUUCAUGUUGAACAUUCAUGCUCGUAUACAUGAGCUCAAAAUAAAAUCUGGUAAAGGUGCAAGUUCAUUUCGGGAUGAGGGGUCAAAACCCUUUGACCCAAUACCACCAGUAGCUGCUGAUAUUACACAGGAAUCUUGGCUUAUAUGUUUUGACGAAUUUCAAGUAACAGACAUUGGCGAUGCUAUGAUCUUAAAACGGCUCUUUACUCAGUUGUUUGACAAUGGCUGUGUAGUGAUUGCCACUAGUAACAGGAAGCCAGAUGACUUAUACAAAAAUGGUUUACAGAGGUCUAAUUUUCUACCAUUCAUACCAGUGUUAAAAUCUCAUUGUGAUGUCAUGCAGCUAGACUCAGGAAUUGAUUAUAGAUUGCGAGGAAGUGGCAAUAAGUAUAGCAAAUAUUUUAUAAAUAGUGAAUUAACAGAGAAAAACAAUGAUGUAGAUAAUUUAUUCAAAUUUCUUGUCUCAAAGGAGACAGAUACAGUGCGACCUAGAAUUAUAAAUAUUAUGGGAAGGAAUGUUAAGUUUGCCAAGUCUUGUGGACGAAUAUUGGAUUCAACUUUUGAGGAACUAUGUGAUAGACCUCUUGGUGCCAGUGAUUAUCUUGUUAUUUCAAAAACAUUCCAUACAGUGUUUAUAAGGAACUUGCCUCAAAUAUCCAUAAUAAAACAUAGAUCCCAACUGCGAAGAUUUAUUACUCUUAUAGAUACACUUUAUGAUAACAGAGUAAGGGUAGUAAUAUCGGCAGAUUGUGAGCCUAAGAAUUUGAUGAAAGUAAAUGAGGAAAAAGAAGUGGGAGAUGCUGAUAGAGCUCUUAUGGAUGAUUUGAAGAUCACUAAAGACUCUGAAGAUGCAAAAGCUGCUAUAUUCACGGGCGAAGAAGAAAUGUUUGCUUGUGAUCGGUGUUUAUCUAGAAUAAUGGAAAUGCAAACCGAAGAAUAUUGGGAAAAAUGGGGAAAGCAUAUAAAUUAAUUGAUGAAGUUUCUAUAGUCAAUACUAGGUAGAUAAAUAUUAGGUAUGAUAAUUAUCAAUGGUUAUAAUCGAAAAAAUUGUAAAUAUCUGCUAGUACUUUGUUUUCGGGGUACAACCACAUAAGUAAUUUUUCGUUACUAACUAGUUACCAAGUUUUGUCAGUUAUGUAUAUAUAAAUUUUAUAUAUUGAUGUUACGUUGUGCCUUAUUGAAGUACAAUCAGUAUUAGUGUUUAUUUGUUUAAGUAAUUAUUUUGUGCUAUCAUUUGUGUUUAUACCGAAGUCUAAUCCUCAAGCCUAUACUAAAUAGAAAAUAUGUUUUAAGUGUAUGUUAAAUAUUUUUUUCUGAUUUGCAUACACAUAUAUCAAAUUGAAGCCUAAUAAUGUUAAUUGAAUCAACUUCUUCGGUGUACCUUUAAUGUUUGUAUAGUGAUAAAGUAAAGAGAUUGUUAUUUUGUUAUUUAUUUAUUUAAAACCUUUUGAGUGAAAUAAAUGUUAUUAUUAUCAAAUGUGGUUUGAAUUAAAUCUGCAAUAAGACGGAUUAAUUAUAAAAUAAACAGAUCAAAUUUAUGGCAUCUAGAAUACUAUUACUUUUACGUCGAAAUACUAAUUUUCGAGAAUAUAUAUUUAAACGGUCUGUGUG